AUGACUAUUGCCAUCUCACUAAACCAGUCUAAAGAGCUCUCCCCACAAGAAUCUAAAGAAGAGAAUUUACGAAGAUAUUAUUCGUUUACCUACUUCCACAGUGAACUAUCUUGGAAAAUUAAAGUUGGUUUGAAAGUAUCGGAAAAAGAAUUGGAUAUGCUGAAGAAGAAACUCACUGCUGAAUGGAAAAAGAAGCAAUAUGACGUUUGUGAAAAACCAGUGGAACUUUUUUCAUUUAAAUUGGUACUAACAUUUAUAAUAAUGGUAUUAUGUGCUUUCGUAUCGAAAGAUAUUCUGGACAUGGCAAGACUGGACUUCUGGACUCGUUGUAUUUUCGGAAUUGAGUCUGUUUUGUUUCUAGUCAUUGUUCGACACUAUGAUGUCAACGCAGACAAAUCAAGUAGAUCUGAAUGUGAAUCUGAAAAGAAAAUGUUAGAAGAAGAUAUUGAGAACGGAUGCAACACUCGGUUUUAUUUUGAUUCACAUAACAAGUCCGACAAAGAGCAACUGAUGAUACUCAAGAAUUUGUAUUCCCAAGAAGUUGAGCCUUUAAAUGAGAAGAUUCGAUUAUUGCGCAAUCAAACAUCCGUCUGGACAAUGUUCUUAGCAUCUGUGGUCAUUUUACAUUAUUGGUAUUGUGCUGCUAAACUCGUGAUAAAAGCAAUGACAACCGGCAGUAACGAAGGCAUUGAGCUUGCGAAAAGGAGUGUCGUCCAAGCCAUUACUGGCACUCUCCACAUGUUGGUCAUUGCCUGGAUAUCAAGACAGUAG